UAUAUACGAUUUACAGUCAAUGUGCUCUCAACGCCAUCUACACCGGAAGCGCUUUACGUCACUUCCUGUUACAACGGGCUAAAGAUGUCGCCGACCUUAUUUGAUUUUCUUGACGCUAAAGACAAAUUUACGACAUCUGCUAGAAAUGCCCUGUCUGGGAAAACCGGCAAACAAUUAGUAAACGUUUUCAACCAGAUCUCUGGAAACGAGACUGAGAAGAAGACCACACUGGACCAGGCUCUACGAGGUGUUCUCGGUGACCAGAUUGUGGAGCAGAAAGCCAGCUGUGAUGACUACUUAUCUCUCAUCUAUCUGAGUAUUGAUGCAGUAACAGAAGGUAUCUGUUCUGCUACAACCCCUUUCGUUCUCCUGGGAGACGUACUGGACUGCCUGCCUCUUGAUCAGUGUGACAAAAUAUUCACCUUUGUUGAGGAGAAUGUUUCUACCUGGAAAUCGAACUCUUUUUACACUGCUGGGAAGAACUACUUGUUGAGGAUGUGUAAUGAUCUUUUACGGAGGCUGUCUAAGUCUCAGAAUACUGUAUUCUGUGGACGCAUUCAGCUCUUCCUGGCACGUCUCUUCCCUCUGUCUGAAAAAUCAGGUCUCAAUCUACAGAGCCAGUUUAAUCUGGACAACGUAACAGUGUUCAACAAAAAUGAACAAGAAAGCACUCUGGGACAGAAGCACACAGAAGAAAAGGAAGAUGGUAUGGAGGUGGAGGAGGGAGAAAUGGGAGAAGAAGAUGCUCCUGCACCAUGCACCAUUCCAAUCGACUACAACUUGUACAGAAAGUUCUGGACUCUCCAGGACUACUUCAGAAACCCUGUGCAGUGUUACGAUAAAUUCUCCUGGAUGACAUUUCUGAAGUACUCAGACGAGACCUUGGCGGUGUUUAAAAGCUUCAAGCUGGAUGACAUGCAGGCGUCCAAGAGAAAACUGGAGGAGCUGAGAGCAUCUGGAGGAGAGCACGUCUACUUUGCCAAGUUUCUAACAAGCGAGAAGCUGAUGGACCUGCAGCUCAGCGACAGCAACUUCAGGCGGCACAUUCUCCUGCAGUACCUCAUCCUGUUCCAGUACCUGAAGGGUCAGGUCAAGUUCAAAAGCUCUAGCUGUGUUCUCAAUGAUGACCAGACUACUUGGAUUGAAGAGACGACUAAGCUUGUGUAUCAGCUGCUGAAGGAGAUCCCUCCUGAUGGAGACAAGUUUGCGACUAUGGUUGAGCACAUCCUCGACACGGAGGAGAACUGGAAUGGCUGGAAAAAUGAGGGCUGCUCAAGCUUUGUGAAAGAAAGGACAGUAGAUGACAAACCUAAAAGACCCACCAGGAAGAGACAAGCUCCAGAAGACUUCCUUGGCAAAGGGCCAGACCGAAAAAUUUUCAUGGGAAAUGACGAGCUGACUCGACUGUGGAAUCUGAACCAGGACAACAUGGAGGCCUGCAAGUCAGACAGCAGGGAGUUUAUGCCAUCGCUCGAUGAAUUCUUCACGGAGGCCAUUGAACAGGCCGACCCCGUCAACAUGGUGGAAGACGAGUACAAAGUUGUCCGUAAUCCGAACUACGGCUGGCGAGCCCUGAGGCUACUGUCUCGGAGGAGUCCGCACUUCUUUCAACCAACGAACCAAAAGUUCAAAAGCCUGGCAGACUACCUGGACAGCAUGGUUAGCAAGCUGGCCAAAGAACUACCGAAGGAUAUCCCCUCCGAAGAGAUCAAGACAGGAGAAGAGGAUGACGACGAUAACGGAGACAAUCUUCUCAAAGACAGCAAUGACAGUCCCAGCAUACAGAGCAAGCUGGUGACAAACAAUCAGAUGGAUGAUUUAGCAGCCAAACUGGGCUCUCAGUGGAAGACGCUGGCCUCUCAUCUGGAGAUGAAAGCGGCAGAGAUGCGGGAGAUUGAAACAGACAGCGAAGAUGUGGACAUGCAGGCCAAGCUGCUGCUGGUGGCCUGGCAGGAAAGAGAGGGAUCACAAGCCACAGUGGAGAACCUGGUCUCAGCUCUUAAUGCGGCAGGGUUCUCCCAGUUUGCAGACAGCCUCAGUGAGGCUUAGAGAUCAUCAUUUGUAAUCAGUACCUCCAUCAGAUCGUUGCAUCCUUUUUAUACCAAAACCAGUUGGACAGGAAGAUUUUUCUAUGUAGUAAAGGAUGCAUGUCGAGUUUUUCACUGUGGAAAAUCCAAUAAAUGUUUUUUUUUUUCUAAUAAA